AUGUCGCCCGCUCCAUCGCCCGGAAACGAUGUCUUCCCUGACGGUCCGACUAUGCGACAACCCGCCUUGUCCUGGCUGUACAGACUGGAAUGCGACAUCGACAAGGAAGAAAUAAAUAUUGGUGCUCCUCAUGACGCGGGAAUUAUCCGCAGCGUCGCCAAUAUUGUUCGCGGAAGCAUCAAAGGACCUGGCAUUGAAGCAACGGUCCUGCCGUUGGGAGGAGCCGACUGGGCCACGGUGAUCAAGGGAACCCACUCAAUGAAGCUCGAUGCGCGGUAUACUGCGCGCACCUCCGACGGCCACCAUCUCUACAUCCGCGCCCACGGGCUGUAUCGCCCUGGACCAGGAACCGAGUACGCGAAAGAAGUCGAGCAGGACUGGACACAAGCCCCCAAGACUGUAGUGACCCAAGACGAUGUGGAAUUCUUUUCGCAUUUGCGAUUGGAGGCGGGACCGGGACCGUACAAUUGGUUGAAUGGACUGGUGUGCCUCGGCGUGAUGGUUUGCGAAGGCGAGAAGAUUUGGAUCGAUGCGUAUCAUCUCACGAACUUCCCGGGUGUUAAGCCGGAAGAUGUAGUUGCCAAGGCAUAA